AUGAAACCGCACUGUUGUCAUCCGCAAGAAAACUGGGCAAGGAAGAAAAAGCAUCAAGAAAACAUCAGCACCGGCUCAACUUCACGCACUUCCGUGAACUUGUCAUUCGACGAGAAAGAAAAAAGCGAGGCGAAAGCCGUCCUCGUCGUCGCCGUCGUAAAAGAACCUGGGAUCGAAUUUUCACGACCGGGUCUCGUGCUAAAAAAGCAAGCAAAAGCUCGUGAAAGUCGUUUGCUGUGUGUUGUGUUCCGAGUCAACACCAUCGUGCAAGAAAAUCCCAAGCCGUUGGAAGAACGGUUAGGAAAGAACGAACCGUUUGAGAAAUCCGCCGAGCUGUGGACGAAGACCCGGAAAAAAGCUUUAAAAGCACCCGGAGCAGAAGAGGACAAUACGUGCCAAGUUAAUCUGGCCACUGAAAGCCGCAGAGAGUUCCGAAAGAAAACCAACAAACGGGAAGAAGGAAAAGAUAAAGGGCCAAGCAAACCCGGCCACGGAACCGGCUUACAAAAGGGAAAAGUCCCCGAGAGCCCCUUCACGGAAGGGGCUCUCUUUUUCCCCUUUUUUUCUUCUCUUUUUUCUCCCAGUAGCUCCGAGCGGACAACAGUGCGGAAGGAAUCGCGGGAAAGCACCGAAAUCACCGGGAAGCGGAGAACAACACGAUCGGAAAUCACCGGGAAGCGGAGAACAACACGAUCGGAAAUCACCGGGAAGCAGCUUUGUUCAAUCGAAAUAAGUGCCUACCAACAGCAGCUGUGUUGUCCGGGAAAUUUUCAUCCACGUGCGGAAAAAUUCUGCACAUCAUUUCAUCCGGAUCGCCGAGAACGACCGGAUCAUCGAAUCCUCAUCAACAACAAUUGGACCGUCAUCCGAAGAGUCGGUGGCCACCACCGAGCCACGGUCAUUUCAUACGGUCUCUUCAUACGAUUCAUCGAUGGUGUUAGCCACGACAUCUGGUGGCUGGUGUCGGUACUAUUCGACACUCAAGGCAGCAACAGCGACGGACGGUCGUUUGCUCCGCGAGCCACCGGGGUGUGUUAGCCGGUUCCCGGAGGCGCAUUGCCUGGUGGCGAGCGCGAAAUCAGGUCAGCCGAUGACGAUCGUGAACAGCAACAUUCUGGAAGGCUCCGCGGCGGUGAGCAAUUCAUCGAGAGGAAUGCCGAACAAAAAGCAACCAAUGUAAGUCAAAAGCUAAAUUAUCUUUUGCUCAUAUUCACCCACAAUAGUCCCGCGACAAUGGGCCGCCUGAAAUAAAAUGUUUGUUUGAUGCAAAGUUAGAAAAUGAAUACAAAAGUUUUGUCUUUUUAAUCUUUUGGAAACAGCUAUUAAGUUUCCUUUUGGGCUUCAUUCGACGAGCUAG